AUGUCGCCGGCUUCAAGACACGAAUCAUGGCGGGCAUCUGUCUACAACCUCAAAACGACAGACAAAGAACAAUCGUUAUCGAGCCACAAGCUGCUACGAGACGGCCCGUGUGCACCACGGCGAGACCUGGGUUAUCAACCCAGCGCUACGGUGCCACACAAACCCAGCGGCAAUAUCCGAUCGUAUCUCACCGAGAUCGUCUACUCACGGUACUCAGGCUGGCUGUGCUGUGUCUCCUCCCUCUCGUCGAGCCGUCCGUCAAACUACGUCGCCAGAGAUUCUCCCGUCGUCGUUCAGAUCUCUCGGAGGAACAAAGUUAAGAGUCUACCUGCCACUGGCAAGAUGGCUCGCACGUCGUACUCGUCCACGGCGAGUCCGCCUCCAGGGUACAGACCUACGUGUACUCCUAACAGCUUCCCCCAGCCGGCUCUUGACGAGCGCACUCCGCUCAAUCCAGGGAAUAAUACAAGGAGAGCGGCAGGUUCCCGGAAUAAUCGGAUGUAUUGGCAAACCAUUAACACAACAGAGCUAAUUGUGAUCCCAACAAAGCCUACUGCGACCAGGACAUUAGGCCGUUCGCUGCUCUACGCAGUCCUCCUGCUCAUAGUGACGGCGUCCAUCGUCGAGAACAUAUGGAUCGUGGUGAACUAUCCGGACUACCUCAAACCGGCGACCAGAGCAGCGAUUCGCGAGAAGUGGGAGAAGGAGCGCCUAUCCCAUCAGCUAGAGCACGAGAUAUGGGAGCGCGACUUGCAGCGGGAGCGGGAGCUAGAGCAGCAGCGCGAGAACCGCCAGCACGAGUGGGAGCGGCUCGAGCGAGCCUGGGAGAAGGAGCGUGAAGAGCAUCGGCGGGAGCUCGAGCGGUGGGAGCGCGAGCGCAAAGACCUCGAGCGCCAGAGGGAGGAGGAGCUCGAGCAGUGGGAGCGCGAGCGCAAAGACCUCGAGCGCCAGAGAGAGGAGGAAAGACAGCAAUGGGAGAGGGAGAAGAGAGAGGAUGAGAGGCGGCGUCGGGAGGAAGAGCGAAGGCGGUUGGGGCUUUACUGGGAUGAACCUCAAGCAAAGAAUUGCGUGUCGUACGGGACCAGGGAGCACACCGCCCGCCUCCGGAAUAUUUCCUCUGGCUAUAAUUGGGUACAGGCCUGCGAGGAAAUGUCCAUCGAGAUUCACAACCGUACUAUUGACACGCCAAGCAGAUGCGAAGAUGCGGGUGCUUCGGGGAUAUUUGGGCAUUGGCAGGUUGACUUUGAAGAGCCCGCUUGUGUGCCUUACUGGGGCGGCUUGUAUGAUAAGGGCUGCGUUGGGUAUGGUACGCGCCUACAUCGCUUUGAAGCCCGUCUUUGGAACUUGCAAAAGGAUGACGACUGGACGAACAUGUGCGGCACGACACCCGCCGUGAUCCACGGUGUGCAUCAUGCGAAGCCCACGUAUUGCGAGUACAGGGGCGCCUUCUACGGUAUGGUCGGUAUGUGGGACCAAUUGGACAAUAGAUGUAGGUGA